CGCGGCCAACGAUAAAGCAAUGCGCGUUCAAUCCUUAAGUGUUGAAACUCCUUCUGAUCUAUCUUCCUUAUUUCUGGUCUUUCAUUGCUACUCCUAUGCAACAGUCUUCCCGCUAUCAUGGCGCCGCAUCUUCCUCCCAAUGUCCGCGUCUCCAAACACCCUUGUCUCCGCGCAAAGCUGUCACAGCUGCGUUCCAAGUCCACCAAUGCUCGUGAAACCAAAACCCUCGUCCACGAGAUAGCACUGCUGUUGGGUGUCGAUGCGCUUUCCAAUCUUGAGGUUGAAGAAGCUGGGAAGGCUGACCAUUGAGUGAUGCAGGACGAGACACCCAUCGGGUUCGAGUAUAGCUUCGAGGCCGUAGACUGCAGCAAGAUCACCCUUGUGCCCAUUCUUCGAAGCGGACUUGGAAUGGUUGAAGCCGUGCAAAGCAUUCUUCCUGAAGCUGUGACGGUACACCACCUUGGUCUCUUUCGUGAAAAGCUGACGUUGCAACCUGUCGAGUAUUAUAACAAUCUGCCACAGUCACAAGCCAAUGUUGCGAAAUUGGCCAUAGUCGUGGAUCCCAUCAUCGCGACCGGACAGACAUGCAUUGCUGCUAUUCAAUCACUCAAAGAAUGGGGUGUCGAGAAGAUUAUAGUGUUGAGCGUGUUGGGUGCAUACCCUGGUGUGACAAGAGCGGCAGAAGAGUGGCCGGAAGGCACCGAAGUAUGGAUUGGUGGCUUGGACGAGGGUCUGACUGACAAAGGCAUGAUCAAGCCUGGCGUGGGAGACAUUGGCAAUCGUCUCUUCAAAACAGGAUAGACGGUGUUGGAUCAUAUUGGAAGACAGAGUCUCACCUAAGACACAUGAGUGCUUGAUGACCAAAGAGCUUCUCAACCGUGCCUUCCUGUCUGAGAAGCCCUCCGAGCCAGUGCCUUGCUCUGUCAAGAUCCUCGGCUCCGAAUUUCACCAGGACGAAACCUCGAACCUUUGCUGCUGUCCAAAGGAGACCUUCUGCGUGCUUUCCUCGCUCGGCAUGUAUCGUGGCGUCAUUAGUCCAAUUUUUGGCUCCAAUCCGAGGCUGGCUUGUAAACUCGUUGAUGAGAAACUCUGCGAGGUCUCUAAAGAGCGGACCAUAUACAAUUAGCGUGCCGAAGAUACCCAUAUUGUUGGACUUGUCAAUGAGGCCGGUGCCACCAAGAUCAUCUUCUUGAAGCAUAACCGCAUCACGCAACAGCAG